AUGCUCAGUGCCAGGCGAUUCUGCCGAAUGGGGUUUGCAGAGCAUGACGAGGAUGACGUUGUUGCCGCUGCUGCUGCUGAUGCUGAUGAUGGCGGUGCUGGCGGUGGGGGUGGUGAGAGGGAGGGAGUGGAGGAUGGAGAGGAGGUGGAAGGGAAGAGGAGGCGGAGGAGGAGCAAGGCCUGGCAAACGGUUCGGAGCGGUGCUGCAGGAUGCUUCUCGGUGCCGCUUUUAGAGGGCGAUGGGAAUGCUGGUGGCGGGAAGGAGAAGAAACCGUGGCGGCAUGGGAAGAAGAGCAAGGAAGGGGGGAGAACGACUAAGGAGAACGGCCGAGGAGGAGGGAGCAAGGGGGAAGAGGAAGGAGGGAGGGAGGGAGAUGGAUGGCUCAUGAGGAAGGGCGGAGGAAGGUUCCUCUUGGACUCACUCAAAUCCCCCGUUGUUAUCACUCGCCUCACGAUGAUGGCGCUGCUCGUUAUAGUCACGGUGGUGCUGUGUGUGAGCACGUGGUAUGCAGCGGGCAAGAUGUACAGCGACUCCCUCGAUGACAUCGCCACUCAGCUGCGGCAGAAGUCCCUGGUGCGGGUGCACCAGCAGUUCUUGCUCUACAUCAACCGCGACCGCGACGUGCUGCUUUCGUAUGCCUCUGUGGUGGAGAACCUUCUGGCAAACACCAACACUUCGGUGGUGGGACUAAAUUAUGCGCAGCAACAGAUCGCUCCUCUAGCAUGGUCAUUCUUCCAGUCGUCCCUGCCGCGCCUCACCAUCAUGGGUUACUUCUCCCACUUUGGCUGCCUCGUCGGCUACUCCCAGACCGACCCUGUCACCCAGUCGUUCUCAGCCACCCCUGGCGGCGCUGUGUCGCAGGUCUACACAAAGAAUAUCACCGACAUCACAGGCCGGUGGUACAUCCAGGCAGUAAACACCUCCACCGGAUCAGCCCUCCCCCAGUCGCCCCCUCGCAACUUCACGCCAGUGCCCAUCGGCUCCCCAGCCAUCUAUGACCUCGUUGCCAGCGGCCCCCCUGGCCUGCUGCUCUGGUCCUUCAAUGCCGUUCAGAACCUCUCUGGACCGCUCUUGCUCGCGUCUGUGGCUGUCAGGGGUGCGGAGCAGAGGAAAGCGAUUGGACAGGAUGUUGGGGGGGAUGAGUGGUGGGAUGUGGGGGGAGGGGCGGUGGUGAAAGGGGUGGUGGGGAGUGCGGGAGGGAAUGGGGGAGGGAGUGGGGGUGGGAGGGGGGUGGGAGGGGUUGGAGGGGCUACGAAGGUUGACGCAACGAUCCAAGGAGGUGCUGCUCCGGAUUUUGGGGAUAGGGAUAGGGAUGGGGUUGCGGAUGAGGAUGGGGGUGGUGAGGGCGAUGGGUUGGUGGCACGGGAGGUGUUGUCGCUGCCAGAAAGGCACUUCCACCCGCAUUUCCAUUUGCAUUCCCAACGACCUUCGCACGUCGCCUCAGCUGCUGCUGCCACUGCUGUUGCCACUGCUGCUGCUGCUGCUGCUGCUGCUGCUGCUGCUGCUGCUGCUGCUGCUGCUGCUGCUGCUGCUACUGCUGGCAGUGCUGGGGCAGUAAGGUUUGUAUCGGCAUCAGCAUCUGCUGCUGCUGCCGCGGCUGCCUCUACUGAUGCCGCGCCUCGUUCUCAGGUCAUUCCACAGUCCACUAGCUCCUCCCCCUCUCCCAACACCUCUACCCCUGCUUCAGCCACCCCCUCACCCACCACCACCCGCACCGCCACCAGCACCAUUGCCACCCCUCCUACCCCUGCUGCUGCCACCCCUCCUACCCCUGCCUCUGCCGCCCCUCAUACCCCUGCCACUGCCGCCUCUGUCCCAGCCAUCACGGGCAUAGUAACGUUGGGCUCCUCCACAGGUACAGUGAACCGCUACCUGGGGCUGUCAGGCACAGACAACAGUGUGAUGUACAUCUGCAGCAGCGACGGGUUCCUCGUUGCCACCUCCACCAACGCCGCCACCACCGCCAUGGCUACCCCGUCUGGGAAUCCCGGGUCAGGAGGAGAUGCAGCAGCUGCUGCUGCUUCUGCUGCUGCUGCUGCUGCUGCUGCUGCUCCUGCUGCUGCUUCCAGUGGGGUGAGCGGAGGUGGGAGCGGCAACCAGAGCGGGUCGGGGCAGCAGCAGCAGCAGCAGCAGGGGGGGCCGCCGCCGCUGCCGGAGGGUUUUGAAGGGCCGGGGGCCGGGCAGGCGAUGCCGGUGCUGGUGAACGCGACGCAGGUGUCGGAUGCGGUGAUUGCCGAUACAGCGCGGUACCUGGAGGCGCGGUUUGGGCUGCCGGCGCUGGUGGCGGGGAACUACUCGGUGGGGGGUGUGAUGGUGAACGGGGAGGAGUGCUUCAUACAAGCACAUCAAACUCAUCUCAUCGUCACCACGGCCCUCUGUCGGCUGCUCAUCACCUGGCCGGCCGGCGACAGUGGUGGUUUUAGAAAUGCCCUCUCCUGUCCAUAUCUGUCUCUCCUCCUCCCCAUUCUCCCCCCACCCCCUCAUUUCCCCUCCCCCGCUCCUCCUCCCGUCCCCCCUUCCUCCUCUCCACUCCCCUUCUCCCCUCCCCUCUCCCCCUCCCUCCCAGUACCUGGUGAUCGUCAUGCCGCGUGCGUCCAUCACAGCGUCAAUAGAGUCAAAGCAGCGCAUCAUGGUCAUUGUCACCACAGCAGUCGCGCUCUGCCUGCUGCUCAUCGGCUGGGCCGUGGUGAUGCCGCCGCUGCUGCUGCUGGUGAUGGUGGUGGUGGUGGUGGUGGUGGUGCUGCUGCUGCUGCUGCUGCUGCUGGUGCUGGUGCUGCCGCUGGUGCUCUUACAAACGCCCUCUCCUGCCCAUGUCUCCCCCUUCCCCCUCCCUUUCCAGUAACUGGUGAUCAUAAUGCCCCGCGCGUCCAUAACAGCAUCAUAGAGUCAAAGCAGCGCAUCAUGGUCAUUGUCACCACCGCAGUGGCGCUGUGCCUGCUGCUCAUUGGCUGGGCCGUGGUGAUCUUCCUCACGCUCUACUACCUGGCGAUCAUCAUGCCGCGUGCGUCCAUAACAGCGUCAAUAGAGUCAAAGCAGCGCAUCAUGGUCAUCGUCACCACGGCAGUCGCGCUCUGCCUGCUGCUCAUCGGGUGGGCCGUGGUGAUCUUUCUCACGCUCUACGUGGACACGCGCAUGCGCCCCAAGGAGGAGCUGCAGCGCCAGAUGGAGGAGACCCAGCGAGCCCAGGCUGCCUCAGAGGUCAAGAGCCAAUUCCUGGCCAACAUUUCCCAUGACCUCAGGACCCCUAUGGCCGGAAUUCUAGGCCUACUGGACAUCAUGCUGUGCGACCACCUGUCAUCGGAGCAGGAGGCCAAUCUGCGCCAGAUGAAGUCCUGCUGUGCCUCCCUCCUCGGACUCCUCAACAACCUGCUCGACCUCGCCAAGGUGGAAGCAGGCAAGAUGCAGCUGGAGGUGCUGGAGUUUGACAUAGUGGGCGAGCUCGAGUCACUGGUCGACAUGUUCAGCGUGCAGGGCCUCAGCAACGGCACCGAGAUCGCCCUCGAUCUCUCUGACGACAUCGAUCGGACGGUGAAGGGCGACCCGUCUCGCGUCAGACAGGUGUUUGCGAAUCUACUCAGCAACGCGUGCAAGUUCACCAAGAACGGCCAGGUGGUGGUGCGGGGGUGGGUGCGGGACAGACCCCCCCCGCAGCUGGCCAAGCAGGACCUCUCCAUCCCAGGGGAGAAGGGCAACAGCAGGCAGCACAGCGGGUCCAAGAGCCGCGAUGUGGACAAUGCAGCAGCAGACGCAGGGGGAGGAGUGGGUGGGGGAAUGGGCGGAGGGGCGGGGGUGGGAGGGGAGCAGGGCGGGGGCAAGGGGCGGCGCACAGUGGCGUUCAUGUUUGAGGUGGAUGACACGGGGCCGGCCAGGCAUCCCUCCUUACCUGCCUUUUUUCCUCCCCCCUCUGCCUUCUCUCCUCUCUGUCCCCUCCUGUCUCCCCAUCCCCCCUUGCCCCCAGCGGCAGGCGGCACAGCAGGUCCAAGAGCCGCGAUGUGGACAAUGCAGGUCUCUGCCUUCCUCCCCCGUCCCCACCACCCUCCCUCCUUCCCCAUCCCCUCCCCCCUUGCCCCCAGCAGCAGGCGGCACAGCAGGUCCAAGAGCCGCGAUGUGGACAAUGCAGCAGCAGACAUAGGGGGGGCAGGAGUGGCGGGGGCGGGGGCGGGGGUGGGAGGGGGGGAGCAGGGCGGGGGCAAGGGGCGGCGCACAGUGGCAUUCAUGUUUGAGGUGGAUGACACGGGGCCAGGCAUUCCCGUGCACAAGCGGGAGUCCAUCUUUGAGAAUUUCCAGCAGGCUGAUGUUUCCACUGCCCGCACACAUGGUGGCACAGGGCUCGGUCUGGGAAUCGUACGCUCGCUGGUGAACCUGAUGGGGGGGUCAAUAGCCGUGGUGGACAAGGAUGGGCAGGGGGCGCGGUUCCGCUUCGACAUGCGGUUCGAAGCGGUGGAGGGCGGUGGGGGGUGGCACAACAGCAUGCUUCAGCCGGAACUGCUGCUGCCGAAGCUGACUGCCGUGGAGGGCGGGCAGGUGAGGAGGGGAGGGGAGGGGCGGUUUGUGGGGGAGGAGGUGGGAGGAGGGCAAGUGAGGAUGAGCGUUGGUGGUCGAGGGUGGGUCGAGGGUGGGUCGAGGGUGGGGACGGAUGAGCGUUGGUGGUCGAGGGUGCUGCUGGCAAUGAAGGAAGACAGCGCAGGGGCGGCCAUAGCCACAGCCUGGAUGGAGUGGCGGAAGCUCAAGGUGCUGCUGGCAAUGAAGGAGGACAGUGCCGGGGCAGCCAUAGCCACAGCCUGGAUGGAGCGGCGCAAGCUCAAGGUGUGGCGCGCGCACACGUGGCAGGAGAUCAUGCCAGCUGUCGCCUCCAUAUUGAUCCAGAAGUCCGCCGCCUCGCAGCCGCCCCGCGCCUCGCGCUCCCUCGUGGGCUUCUCUGCCCCUCUCAUGCGGAGCUUCACUGCUCUGAGAGGGGGAGGGGGGGAGAAGGGGGAGAAGGGGGAGAAGGGAGAGAAGGGGGAGAGAGGGGGGGAGAGAGGGGAGAAGGGGGAGAGAGGGGGGAAUGGGCCUAUGCAGGCGCAGCUGGGGCAGGUGGUAUCUGAAUCAGGCGGACCAGGGCAGGGGCAGGGGCAGGGGCAGGGGCAGGGGCAGGGGCAGGGGCAGGGGCAGAGGGAGGUGUGGAACCGGCUGCCUUCACCCUCCCAUCCUCUGGGCAACGGGCGCAUUCUCAGCAGCCCCGGGCGCUGCUUCGGCAGCCCUGCUGCUGCAAGCACUUGCGGCGACAGCGAGGAGGGGGAGGUUGGGGACGGGGGAGUGGGGGAGGGGGCGGAAGGGGGGAAAGGAGGAGGGGGGUUGGCGGGAGGGAGGGCGAUGGGGAUGGUGAAGAGCCUUGGCAGCAGCAGCAGCAGGUUACUGGGGCGUGGUCUGAGCACCAAGUCCCGUCGGUCCCUGGAGAAGCAGGGCACGCCCCCCAAUGGUCUCGCAUCGCUGUCUUUUGAUGGGACGAUGGGCAGGGAGCAGCAGGGCCUGUUGAGUGGGCCGUUAGCUCAUGGGAGCAUCGGCUCCCGGUCGCUCGGAGCGGGGUUACUGGGAGGGAGAGGCGGCCCGGGGGGUGUCGGGUCAGACAAAGACGGCUCAAUUGCUGCUGCUGCCGCCGCCGCUGUUGCUGCGGUUGAAUCAGAAGGUGCCGGCACUGGUGGCGCUGGUGGUGGUGGUGGUGCUGCUGCUGCUGCUCCCGCUGCUGCCACGGCUUCCCGUGGAUCGUUCCUCUCUGCCGCGUCCCCCUCACGAGUCGUCCCGGCAUCCCCAUCCCGGCUCAUCCCCGCCUCCCCUCCUUCUUCAGCAGCAGCCCAAGCAUCCUCCUCCUCCUCGUCCUCCUCCUCUACAGCCCGGCCGGCAUCGAAGCUGAUGCUGGCGGUGAUAGACGUGUCGAUUGUGCCCAGCGUGCAUCAAUUCAUCGCAGAGGAGCUUCAUAUAUUUCGGGCACGCCUGCAGCACCAGGGGUUUGUCAUCGCGUGGUUGGUGGAGCACAACACUUCGGCAGACACUAGGCGCGCACUCAGGAGGUCGGGGUGUGCAGUGGCGUCCAAGCCCCUCUAUGCUUCCCGAAUGGCCCCUCUCCUCGCCCUCGCCACUGCCAGGAACAGCGUGCCGCACUCCAGCUCGCAGAUUGACAUGCCACGCACGUUUGGAGGGAGGGGCGGACGGGGCGGAGACGGGGGAGGUGAAGGGGGGGGCUCGCAGUGGCAUCAUGGGGAGGGGAACGAGCAGGCGUGGGGGCUACCAGCGCCAGCAGAGGAGGACGAAUCAGCCGACUCCCCAGCAGCCUCGUCCACCGCGCUGCCGUUCUCUCUCACUCUCCUUCCUCCCUCCGUCCGCCCACCCCCUCCCCCCACCAGGCAUGGGGCCUGCCAGCGCCAGCAGAGGAGGACGAGCAUGGGGCCUACAAGCGCCAGCAGAGGAGGACGAGCGUGGGGGCUGCCAGCGCCAGCAGAGGAGGACGAGUCAGCCGACUCCCCAGCAGCCGCCGCUGCUGCUGCUGCUGCUGCUGCUGCCGCUCACUCUCCUUCCCCGUCAUUCCCCCCCCCCUCACACCCCCCUUCCCCUCCCAUCCACCAGGCGUGGGGGCUGCCAGUGCCAGCAGAGGAGGACGAAUCAGCCGACUCCCCAGCAGCCUCGUCCACCGCUCUGCGCAACACGGCUGCCGUCUCCGUCCCCUUCUCCCCCUGCCCUCGCCCCUCCGCCUCCACCCCCACUACCGCCACCGCUGCUGGUUCUGCCGCUGGUGGUUCUACCACUGGUGGGGGGGGAGCGGCUGUGUCUGGUGACGGUGCUACUGGUGCUGGUGCUGGUGCUGGCUCUCCUGCACAGGGAGGAGCAGCGGGAGCAGCGGGAGCAGCAGGGGUGUUGGAGUCGUCUCCUGGCUCGCGGUCAGGGAGGACGCGGCCAGUCAACAGCGGGCUCAAGAAAGGGGUCAUUGGUGCUGGUGCUCAUGCUGGUGCUGCUGGUGUUGCCUCGCUGGGGCCCGGACGGCCAGCAGCAGCAGCGGGAGCAGCGGGGGCAGCAGGGGGGGUGUUGGAGUCGUCUCCUGGCUCGCGGUCAGGGAGGAUUCGGCCGGUCAACAGCGGGCUCAAGAAAGGGGUCAGUGCCUGUGCCUCUCACCCUAAAACCCCCUCCCCUCCCCCUCUCUCCAUGCCCCUUCCCCGCUCCCCCCCCCCUCUCCCCCCUUCCCUAUGCUCCAUUCCCUUCUCCCUCUGGCACCCCCCCUCCCCCUCCGUCCCUCCUUUUAUCUUGUUUCUUUUAUUUUUGGGGUUUCGGGCGUCCUUCUCUGAGGGCUCGUUUGACAACGCGCUGGCGCCUUGUGAGGCGCAUCUAGAUUCUAAAAUCACCCCCUCUCCGUGCCUCGCAUGCUUCCUCCCUCGCACCUCCUCUCCUCCCUCCCCACAGGCGUCCUUCUCUGAGGGCUCGUUUGACAACGCGCUGAGGGGCAAGCGCGUGCUGAUUGCCGAAGACACGGCUCUGCUGAGGAAGGUGGCCAUAAUCCGAAUGCAGAAGCUAGGCUGUGAGGUGGAGGCGGUGUGUGACGGGCAGCAGGCAGUGGAUGCGGUGCUGGCCACAUACGCCAGCAAUACGGGGCGGUUCGAUGCGGUGUUGAUGGAUUGCCAGAUGCCUGUGCUGGACGGGUACGGAGCAACGGCGGCGAUCAGAGCAGGGGAGGCGGGGACGCCUUUCCACACACCCAUAGUGGCCCUCACAGCCCACGCCAUGACCAGCGACCACCGCAAAUGCCUUGACGCAGGCAUGGAUGCUUACCUUACGAAGCCCAUCGACCCUGCACUCAUGUCCCGCACGCUGCUGGGUUUGAUGGCGAAACACCCCGUAGCUGCUGCUGCUGCUGCUCCUCCUCCUGCCGCUGCUGCUGAUUCCUGA